UGUGAAAAUUCAGGAAAAUAGUAAGGAAACCUAUGUAUAAACAUUAUUUGGUUUGGCUCGAUAAUAUUGCCAGUUAAAUGUUUUGGAUGUUACCAUGGAUGUCACAUUAAUUAAUUUUGAUGUCAUGUUAUUAGAACCACUUUUUGAUCCCAAUGAAUUCUGAAGUUCAGAUGCCACAAUGUUAAUAGUUCAGAAAUAUUUUGUGUGCAGUACAGUAUUCUUCUUUUUUUCAGGGGAACAUCCGUAUGUCACAGUUGAUGCUAAUGACAGUCUGGUGUACAAUUGUGAUGUAUGUUCAGCAACGUUCAAGGCCGCGUUGACAUUACGGAAACAUUUAAUGAACAAUCAUAAUUUUGAGCGUCCACUAAAAUGCAUGUACUGUGAAAAGAGGAGCUUAAAUUUUAAGAAAUUAAGUAACCAUGUUUUAAGGCAACAUAAGCCUUGCCAAAUGAAAUGUGAAAUCUGUUCUAAAGUUUUCUCUUUACAAUGUAAUCUGGAAGCCCAUAUUGUUAACAUACACAAGGGAGGAAAUAUUGCCCAGAAGAUCCCACAGAUAUGUCCAACGUGUGGAAAGGUUUACCAAUCGAAAAAAUCCCUCGCAUCGCAUGUACUGAUGGUACAUGAAGAUGGAAAGGUUAGGUUUAAACAGAAUCAGGCAGCAAAGCCACCUGGUGUGUGUUUGACGUGUGGAAAGAUGUUUAGCACUUUAAAAUCAUUGAGAAUUCAUGAGAAAAACCAUUCAACUAUCAGACCACAUGUGUGUCAACAAUGUGGCGUAUCAUAUGCUGUGAAAGAUCAACUUAAUAGGCACAUGAGUUCUCAUGAGAAACCAUUUGAAUGUGAUACAUGUGGGGCAAAGUUCAGUCGGAGAUAUAACCUUAAACAACAUGAAAAAGUACACUCUGGAGUGAAAGAAUAUGAGUGUAAGAUUUGUGGGAGACAGUUCACUCAGCUGGCUGCAUUGUGUGGACAUUCUAAGACAUGUGGGAAAGAAGAACUGGAAGUAAAAACUACUAAUUAUGGAUCUGACUAUAUAGCUUACAACUGAACACAUAUUUACAAAAGAAUUAAGAGCACAGUGAAACCUGUAGGUUAUAUCCGAACACCACUUUAUUCUGAACAUCACUCAAUGUCUACUCUUGCUCUCAAUUUUGUUACCUCCCAUAGACUCGCAUAUUGAAUAAAGCUUGAAAUGUGAACACCUGCUAAUCUGAACACUUUCAGUAAGUCCCAAUGGUGUUCAGAAUAGAAAGUAAGCGAGACAACUUAGUUCCCUGUUUUAAUUGUUCCUUUUUGGCUGCAUUCUAUAUAUCAUAUAUGAUAUAUAUAUGGUUCAGUUAACAUUGAACAUUCGGUCAUUGAACUUGAAAGUGUUCAUCUUAAAUAGUUGUUUCACAGACAAGUGUGUUUUACUUGACAGGUUUUACUGUAGAUAAUCUGCAAUUUUCCAUCCCUAUUCAGUUGAAUACCAAGCUACUAUACUUUAAUCAGUUUAUUUUAUAAAUGUACUUGAUAACAAUUU